GAGUACUCAGAGGGGCCGAACCUCGCUCCUGUCAUUUCCAGGGAUUGUCGAGGCCAGCCUAAGGAACAGGUCAUACCCCUAAUGGGCCACAACAUUGUCGAGUACAAGGAUCUGGCCCUCUGCUCACAUGCGGUCGCCCCACGAGGCCCUGGUGGGAGGGACUGCUAUUUCACGAGGGAACAUAUGGGGAAGGGGAGACCACCCUGGGGAAAGGACCUAUACUUCGUUACGCAACGAACACAGGGUUAGCUAAACCUUCCAAGGCAUCAGGGGUCGCGGAAUGGGCACCAUCCAGUUUCCAAUUACAGCCUCUCCCCUCCCCGCAGAGCUAGUGCAGAAACCGGACGCCCAAUUCACUCAUCCCGCCAGGCUUCGGGGGAGGGGCCGUUUCAACUUCGCCCCGCCCCCAUUGGCUGCGGCGCCGGGGGCGGGGCGUGGCUGCCAGAUGUUGGGGCGGCGGCGGCGGCGGCGGCGGGAGUUCAGCAGUGUGAGGAUUCUCUUAGCAAGGCGCAGGGAGAGGGCGUCGCUGGCUGGCCACCCGAGCCUUCUCCGCGUCGCUCCUGCCAGGAGUCGAGGAGGAAUUGGCAGGGCUGGCGGGAGCUCCGGCACCGACAUGCACAGCGCUCGACUUGACAGCUUCCUGAGCCAGCUCCGCUGGGAACUGUUGUGCGGUCGGGAUACAGGCUCAUCCCCUAUGCCUGGCCCCUUGCAGCCACCCCCUAAAACUGAUCCUGCUGUGCAGUCUGGCCAUCAACUUAGGGCUUCAGAUGCCUUGGAAGAGGAUUCUGUCUGCUGUGUGGAAGAGGAAGAGGAGGAGGAAGCCUUGGUGGCAGAAGAUAGGGAUGCAGCCUUGAGGGGCCCAAGGGAGCAUGCCCUAGACUGGGACUCUGGCUUCUCAGAAGUGUCAGGCAGCACAUGGCGAGAGGAAGAGCUUUCUGUACUCCCGCGCCCUGCACUCCCAGCACGGCUCCCUCAUACCCAGCGCCUCUCAGUCAGUGAUCUCCCCCUGCUUAACAGGGCAUCUGUAGCCAGCAUACCACCUGCCCACCACCGUCCACGGCCCAAGUCUACUCCAGACGCCUGCCUGGAGCACUGGCAGGGAUUGGAAGCAGAGGACUGGACAGCAGCCCUGCUGAACAGGGGACGUAGUCGCCAGCCCCUGGUGCUGGGGGACAACUGUUUUGCUGACUUAGUUCACAACUGGAUGGAGCUGCCUGAGGCAGCAAGUGAGGGGGGUGAUGGAGGCAUACCCCGUGCCCGAGCUCGACCCCCCCAAUUUCUGCUUGGUCUCUCUGAGCAGUUGCGGCGCAGGCUGUCCAGGGCUCGUAGGGCAGCUAUGGCAGGAAAGCGGCUGUCAUGCCCACCUCGCGCAGAAUCUGAACUGCCUGCGGACCUAUCACGCUUUGCAGCCCUCAUGAGCUGCCGCAGUCGCCAGCCCAUCAUUUACAAUGAUGUCAGUUAUCUCUGACCCUGCCUUCUAGCCUGGGACAAUAAAGGCCUUUUUCUAGAC